AUGAUACCGGAAAACGAUAUGGAUCGGUUGCAUCCGUCGUCACGGGUCAACUACAUGAAGAAAUAUACGAUUGAGCAUAACUAUCCGGUCAACUUUGUCGGCCACCUUCAUCGAGCCGACUACAUGAAUCUUCAAGAGCAGCUACAGCAAAUACAGAGCCAACCAGAGUCGAGCAGCGUCUUCGAGUACGGUGGCAUGCCAGAGUAG